GUCUUCAACACGCCCCUCCUCCACUACAAAAGGCCCUGAGACCUCUCUCCCAGUAACAGAGGGAGUACCCUUGUCUUCAACACGCCCCUCCUCCACUACAAAGGGCCCUGAGACCUCUCUCCCAGUAACAGAGGGUAGUACCCUGUCUUCAACACGCCCCUCCGCCACUACAAAGGGCCCUGAGACCUCUCUCCCAGUAUCACAUAGUACCUCGCUCGCUACCUCGACCACCGCCAAUACAGAAGGCUCCCAGGUCCCCACUACAAAGGGCCCUGAGACCUCUCUCCCAGUGACCGAUGGCGCCACGUCCUCAACCCCCACAGCUACCAUUACAGGGAGCCCUCAUACAGACAAAACCACUGGAACAGAGGGGACUACCGAUUCUACAACCACAGCUGACACUCCAGCCUUGCCCCCCACCUCCGGCUCUUCCUCCAGCCCACCCUCUCCAGGCUCAACCCAAACCCCAGGCAGCAGCACUGAGGCCCCCAUAGACACCUCCACCACCACCACUUCCCCCUCACCCACCAUCACACCUACAGGAGAAACCCCUGGACAACCAACUAGCAAAACUAGUGAGAGCCCACUUCCUCCUUUCCACACCUCCACCUCCCCUACCGGUGGAAUCACCACCCAGCCAGAGUCAGCCAUCACUGCUACCACAUCCCUGCCACCACCCAUCCCCAUAGUGUGUCCCUCCACUCCCUGUCCGUAUGAUAGCAUCUGUCUCAAUGGCACCUGCCAGUGUGUGUCUGGGACCUUCCUCUUAGAGGGCCGCUGUGUACAAGCCCAAGUGUUCUCUGGAGACCUGCAUCUCAACCAGACAUUUCAGGCUGAAAUGAGCAACCGGUCAUCAGUGAUAUUUCGGCAAACAGCAGCCAGGAUCUCAGAGGCACUGAGAAGAGCCUUGGAAAACGAGUCUGGAUACAGCCAGACUGAUGUCGUGCUGUUGAGGCAAGGCAGUGUGAUAGCGACCGUGAACAACGUGUUUAAACUAGGCUCCAGUGCCACCCAGACUUCGACCAAUGGCGCUAUAGAGAGAGCCAUACAAGCCUGUGGGACGACAUGUGGGAGUAUACUGGAAAGAGCUACAUUUACGGCCACUGACCUAUGUGAUCAGGCCCCCCUACCGUGUGAUGUCCACUCUACUACGUGCAAAUACAAAGAAGACGGAGUGACCAGAUGCUUCUGUAAGGCUGGCUACAUCAACAGCUUCUACUCAAACCAAAGCUGCACAGCCUGUCCCAGUGGUCAAAGGUCAGAGGGAGACACAUGUGUGCCAUGCCCGUUUGGCUACGCUGGAUUCAACUGCACUGACUCGGCUCUGUUGGCAGUGGUGGUCAUCGCCUGUGUACUGGGGGGAGUCCUUCUCAUCAUGCUGCUGGCCUUGUUUGCAUAUUGCUGCUGGUACCGGUCGCAGUCAGUGAAGAAGCCUUCAGCAGAGUUCAGCAGCCCGUACCCUGUGGAGAACUUCCAGGGCCCCUGGUCCACCACCCAGGGCAUCACCCCGAUCCCCCGGGCCAGCACCAACUGGGCUUCAGCCCCCAUGGAGAUGACCGAAGGGGGCAGCACACACCACCUGGUCGACAUGAAGCCCCACACCAACGGAGCGGGAUUCCACAUCCUGCCUAAACGGGGGAAGAAGACCGGGUCGUAUGACCUGACCUCAGACAGCAUGAACACGUUCAAGGGGAAGAACCAGUCUCGCUACUCCUACCUGGUGCAGGGCCACGAGAACCCUUACUUCAUACCUGCAGAUGACAGGAGACCCGUAUGAGAMCCACAGUGACGUCUGGAGACAAGGGCCCGUAUUCACAAAGCGUCUCAGAGCAGAAAUGCUGAUCUAGGAUCAUUUUUGCCUUCUUUAAUCGCAAUGACCAAAAAGGGGAGACCUGAUCCUGGAUCAGCAAUCCUACUCUUAGAUGCUUUGUUAAUAUUUGCCRUUGAGAGGAGAGRAGGACGGGAUAGAGAGAGGAGGGAAGGCUACAGGGCAGAUGGGGGUGUGUAUCGGACAAAAAUGGCUGAAGAUCAAAUUGAGAAGUCACUGACUUCUAGUAACUCUGGGUAUAGGUACAUCUUCUCACUCUAUUUAUGUUGAACUAUGUAGAACUCUGUGUAUACCUUUUCAUCAGGAUGUUCGGAUAGAUGCCAUGUGUAGGGCAUCUGUAGUAAUUUGUUGUUUACAAUCCUUCAUGGACUGGAAUCAUUCACGGUUUAACGGCACAACUACAAGGGACUUGACAGCAGGGUUUUAAAUAUGUUCUUCUUGAAUCCAUUAUCAAAAUCAGCUUUAUGGUUCACAACGAUCUGGGGUCAAACAUUCACUGACUUCCCAGGGAUUCACUUCAAUAAUUGACACCACCAAAGAGGGUUGUGUUCGCUAUAAAUUCACCGUUUUACAUUUGAAAUGUUCCGUUCAUCUGAUCAUAGUCUUUAUCCUGUUCUGCAAUACAAAGAGAGGAUUCUGAACAAAAAAUAAAUGUAAUAUGUUUUAUUUGUGUCUAUUAUGCUGAGUUUAGACUGGCAGCCCAAAUCCUAUAAUUUUUUCUCACUAAUUGGUAUUUUGAAAAAGAUCUGUGGUUGGUCAAAAUACCAAUUAGUGGGAAGAAAAGGGUCAGAAUUGGACUGCCUUAAACGCAGCCUUAUUAAAUGAAGACUGAGCUGAAUAUAGCUUGUCAUAGCCAGUAGGUGUCGCCAUUGUUCAGGGUCAAGCUUUUCAUGUUUUUUCUCAGCAGUAUGCUGGUAAGGUUAGUUACCUGUAUGUCUAUGUYUUAUUGAAGAGAUUACUGAUAGAUUUUAUUGAAGAUUGGUCAUUCUGCAUUGUAGUGUCUGCGCUCUCACAAUCAACGUAGUAUUUGAAAGUGAUUAAUCCCUUGCUAAUUGCACUAAAUUAUGUAUUGCAUUUCACUACAUGUGAUUUGUUUGGGUGGGGGGAAUCAUAGACACAUUCUCAGCAAGAGCUAAUUUAUUUUAGUAUUUUUACUUUAGGAUUGAAUGUGUUUUCAUGAGGAGAGCUGUGUGUAUGAAUGGCUGAAGGAGCUGGAUCCCUAGUUUAGGGGUUUAUACAGUAAAGGGAUAUUUUGUAUUAGUCUUGUCUGGAGCUGAUAGACCUACUCUACAGUCUAUUAGUUUGGCCUGGAGCUGAGUAGACCGACUCUACAGUCUAUUAGUCUGGUCUGGAGCUGAGUAGACCUACUAUACAGUCUAUAAGUCUGGCCUGGAGCUGAGUAGACCAACUGCAGUCUAUUAGUCUGGCCUGGAGUGGAGUAGACCUACUCUACAGUCUAUUAGUCUGGUCUGGAAGUGGAGUAGACCUACUCUACAGUCUAUUAGUCUGGCCUGGAGUGGAG